AUGUUAAGGGAAGAACUCUUCUUAAGAACUCCAUAACAGAAAAGAACUACAAAUGGUAUCUCAUUUUAAUAAAAAAUCAAUUAAUUGAAUAAAAAGAACAGCAUCAAAUUUUCUGAACUCUUAAAAGAGCGUAGAUUAGAUUGUAAAUCAACACAGAAAGUUACAUUCAGAAGACCCAGUCUAUCUCGUAAACCUGUGUAUAGAAUUUAAUAAGGUAUCAUUAACAAGUUCUUAUUACAGCUGUUAGUAUACAAAGACACUUAUCUUAAGAACCUUAGACAUCAGGAACAUAUAGUGUUGUAUUUUCAAACUAUGCACAUUAAUAUAUGGAUAAGAGGAAAAUACAAACUAGUAAUUGUGAUCCAAAUGAAGAUACUAAAAUUAACUAAUAGAAAAUAUUAAAGGGAUGUUAUAAUCAAUCAGAUACAACGAAUACUAGAUCAAUACUCACUAGUUUAUUAUAAGGUAUGUAACAUAGAAUUUCUGCAGAAAAAAACAUGGGUGUCCUUGGUUUUCAAGUUGUGCCAUUUACUAAAUUGAUUGAACAUAAUGCUUUGAUUUCUCAAUAAACCAUAAGACAUAAAGCAUUCUCAUAAGAUAAAGAAAGGGAUAAAUCUUAAUCAUUUACAGAAGAAUUAGACAAAAGAGUCAAAUCUAAGAUUGUAUAAAGUAAUAAAUAAAGAAAAUCAAUUAAUUAAGCAAAUGCUAGUCCAAUACCUUAAAAAGUAAUUGUUCCUUAAAGUAAUUCAACUUAACCAAAUAAUUUUAAGUUUUCAUUAACUGAAUACUCUUAAUUAUCAAGAGAAUAAUUAUUUUAAACUAAAUUAUAAAAUUACUAACAUUUUUUAUUUUUAGUAUCUUGUUAAAGUGGAUUUUAUACAUAACCAUAAGAUAAUUUAAUUGAAUUAAAAUUAAAAAUAGGAGGUGGAAAUAAUUCAUUUUUGAUAAAAGAAAUAUUAAAAUAAAGAUGGUGGUGGACUCAAUAUAAAUAUAAUGAAUUAUUAGAUGAAGAUAGUAAUUUUAUAUGGACUCAAAUAAAAGUUUAAGAAUUUAUUAAUUAAUAAUAAUAAUCAAAUAAUUAUUGUGUUUAAUAAUAAUAGAAAAAGAAAAUAGUUAAUUAAUAAUCAUUUAAUUCAAUAAAGAAAAAAUAAGUUAUUGAUCCAUUUUUGAGAUUGAUGAGAGAUGAUAGUGAAUAUAAAUUAAUAGAUAGAAAUCAAAAAGCCUAUUUAAAAAUUGUAAAUAUGAAGAAUUUGAAUAUUCUAUAAGUAGAUUCAAAUAUUAAGGUAUUAUUAUAUAUACAGAAUUUAGAUUCAUAAUCAUAUAGAUAAAAAUUAUCAUUUAGGAAAUAAGAAAGCUAUGUAUCAUAAUCUUAAAAAAUAUUAUGAAUUAACAAAAUAAGAUUUGAAUAUGAUAAUUCCAAAAACAUUUCACAUAUAAAAAGGAGCAAGAGAUAAAACAUAUUUAUAAUUUCUUGAAUUCUAUAAAAAAUAACCUAAGUAUAAUAAAGAUUACUAUCUAGAGGCUCUACAUGGAUAGUAAAACCUGGGGAAUUUACAAAUAGAGGAACUGGUAUUACAGUAUGUUAAAGUUUGUCUGAAAUUAAUAAAAUUAUAAGUAAGAAGUAAAUGCAUUCAAAUGGAAAACAAUUUACUUAUUUAAUAUAAAAGUAUAUUGAAAAACCAUUCUUAUAUAAUAAAAGGAAAUUUGAUAUUCGUUGUUACUUUCUUAUAACUCAAUUGAAUAAUAUAAUGAGAGCAUAUUGGUAUGAAGAUGGAUACAUUAGAACUUCAUCUGAAGAAUUUGAUUUAGAUGAUCCUGCUAAUUUAUAUGUUCAUUUAACUAAUGAUGCUAUAUAGAAAUAUGCUGAUACUUAUGGUAAAUAUGAAAAUGGUAAUAAAUUAUCAUUUUCUGAAUUUCAACGUUAUUUAGACAAUCAACCAAAAAAGUAUAAUUUUUAUAAAGAUCUCUAUCCAUAACUUAUUGAUAUUGCUACUAUUAGCAUUAAAUCUGUAUAUUGUAAAUUAGCUCCAUAUAAAAAACAAUAUAAUUUUGAAAUAUUUGGUUUAGAUUUUAUGAUAGAUUAAUCAUUUAAACCUUAUUUAAUUGAAAUCAAUACAAAUCCUUGUUUAGAAACAAGUAGUCCUAUUUUAUAAAGAAUUAUACCUUAAAUGGUUGAAAAUGCAUUUAGAAUGUCAAUUGAUACAAUUAUACCACCACCAGAUGCUAGUUUAUGGCCACCAUGUAAAAAACAUCUAUUAUUUUAUGAUAAUCUUCUUGAAAAUAAUAAAUUUUAAUUAAUAUUUGAUGAAAGAGAAGAUUCAGAAGAAUUAAUUAAAUUAUAUGGAGCAAUUUUAAUUCAUGAUGAAAUAGAUGAAAUGGAUGAGGAAGAAGAAGAAUAUGAAAGUGAAAAUGAAAAUAAAAAUUUUGAUAAUUGA